ACGGCUACUGCUCAGAAGCAAUAUGGCGACCAUCGAGGUUGGACGUAUGUGUGAAUCUCCGGGCUGCGAUGCUCCUGCUAAAUUGCAAUGUCCAAGUUGUAUCAAACUCGGCAUCCAGGGCUCCUACUUCUGCUCUCAAGAGUGCUUCAAGAAGAGCUGGAAAAAGCACAAGGUGAUCCACCAGAUUGCUCAGGGUGAGCAGACCAGCGAGGUGGAGAAGGAGUACAACCCAUGGCCUAGCUACCGGUACACUGGGCGAUUGCGGCCGUUCCCCCAAACUACGCCCCGCACCGUGCCCAAGCACAUCCAGAGGCCGGACUAUGCCGACCACCCCGAGGGCGUGCCGAUCUCCGAGCAGCGCGUCAAGGGCGCCUCCUACAUCAAGGCCCUGGACGACGAGGAGAUGGAGGGGAUGCGUGUGGCGUGCCGGCUGGGCCGCGAGGUGCUGGACGAGGCGGCCAAAGUGAUCGACGUCGGAGUGACAACGGACGAGAUCGACCGCAUUGUGCACGAGGCUUGCGUGGAGCGUGAGUGCUACCCGUCGCCCCUCAACUACAUCCAGUUCCCGAGGUCCUGCUGCACGUCUGUGAAUGAGGUGAUCUGCCACGGUAUUCCUGACACGAGGCCCCUCAAGAAGUGGGAUAUCUGCAACGUUGAUGUCACCGUGUACCACAGAGGCUACCAUGGUGAUCUGAAUGAGACGUUCUUUGUGGGCGAACCCAAGCCAGAGGCGAAGAAGCUGGUUGAAACAACGUGGGAGUGCCUGCAGAAGUCUAUUGAGAUAGUCAAGCCAGGAGAGAAGUAUCGAGAGAUUGGUAAUGUCAUUCAAAAGCACGCUCAGGCCAAUGGGUUCUCUGUUGUGCGUAGUUAUUGUGGCCAUGGCAUUCAUAGCUUGUUCCACACUGCACCCAGUGUUCCACAUUAUGCCAAAAACAAAGCGGUGGGUGUCAUGAAGCCAGGCCACUGCUUCACUAUUGAACCUAUGAUAUCUCAAGGUAGUUGGCGAGAUGAAAUAUGGCCUGACAACUGGACUGCAGUGACUAUUGAUGGUCUCCUAUCUGCACAGUUUGAAGAAACGUUGCUAGUAACUGAUACAGGUGUAGAAAUUUUGACUCGUCGUUUGAAUAACAAUGGACGACCUUACUUCAUGGACCAAAUUGGGGCUCAAUAAUGAUUGAUGUUAAGGCUGUAUUAGAUUUGGUGCAGAUCUGGGAUUCCUCUUUCUUGUGAAGGUUUUGUCACUCUAGGCCCUUCCCAGUGGCUUGGAUGGUCCCUGUCAACUUACUAAGAUUUUUCUUGAAACUGCUGUUUAUAUUUUUGUAGGAACUACAAAUGUUUGAUAUUUGUGAUAUACUGAACUGUCCUUAGCCCCAGCCACUCAUACUUGAUGGUGUGUUGGGUGAAACAUGUUGUGCUGAAUAGUAUUAUAAAAUAUUUGAGACAGCAAUAUACCAAAUGUCACUAUGGCAUCUAGUCACAAUAAAUGUAAACUGACAGCUUUGUGGCAAAUUAUGAAUCAAAAAUCUAGUUUUAUGGGGACCUGGAUCUUUGCUUCAAGAAUUGAUAGAUUCUGUCAUCUGUUGAGCAUUCAUCGACAAUUGAAUGGUUUUAAGGAGUUUAUUUACAAUUAUUUUAUAGGAAUCAAUUUUUGUAUCCCCUCUUAUUGCGUAUCAGGUGACCUUGUACAAGCUGACAAUGACAUUUCUGCUGAUUCUUGAAUUUCAACAUUUAAAUUUAUGUACCUGUUAACAUUAUUUUUUACCUUUUGUACAUCUUGUUUAUAGUUAUUAAUAAAUAGCUUUAGACAAUUUCUUGUCAAGAAACAUUGCUUAAAAUGAUCAUUUCCUUUCAUCAAUGUGCCUCAGUCUGUUUUCUCCCUCAAACUUUGUGCCUUAUUUCUUGAACCAUUGUUUGUGUAGGUCAUUACAAACUACGUUCUUUAUGGCAAUAAUUUUCCCCAGCCCAUUUGAGAACUUGAAAAGCUGUUACUGUUCGUCGUUAUUGACACUUUUCAGAUUACCUCAUGCCUAAGACCUGUGGAAUUGUGAAAUAAAGUCAUAAAUCGACA